CUCGGUGGCACAAUGACCGGACUUGGUGUGGUUGCCGUUCGGGCACAGUUGUCGCAAUCUGGCGACUUUCCGCCGCUAAAAUAGCGCUGCGAGACCGCAGCGCAGCGGACCCCGCCCUGCCGACAAGGUCGCGGGGCACAUCCGCCUCAAGGACUCGAAACCAUCACACCCUCUUUGACCUUGAUGAACGGCCGUCCAGCUCCACCGACUAGGUACCCCUUAUAUACCCGCGUGUUGGCCGCUCCGAAUCGCCCCAGAGCGUCUGUUACCACACUCAAAUCCUACAUCAUCGCCUGUUCACAAAGAACACUGCUCGAGCCGUCGCAACCCCGAGAACCCCGCUAUCGCACCACUCGUUUGCUCUCGGCACCCCGAAUCUACACCCAACCGGAAAAGGAAAUAGACACAAUGGCCGACGUCGUCGCUGCUUCUGGCCCCGCCCCCGGCGAGCACAAGUACCAGUUCAACGUGAGCAUGUCGUGUGGCGGCUGCUCCGGCGCUGUCGAGCGUGUUCUCAAGAAGCUAGAAGGCGUCAAGUCCUUCGAAGUCUCGCUCGAGUCUCAAACAGCCACCGUCAUCGCCGAGGAGUCGCUGCCGUACGAGAAGGUGCUGCGCACGAUUGCCAAGACCGGGAAGAAGGUCAACAGCGGUGAGGCAGACGGGGUCGCGCAGAGCGUUGAGGUGCCGGCUGAGUAGGGAGCUUCGCUUGGUUGGAGGACAAGAAUUUCCUUUUAUUGGACAUUUACUGAGCAUUGGGCCGGUGGUUUUCCGGGUUCCUUUUUCUUUUUCAACUUCCUGCGCAGGGAUCUCAAGGUAAACACGGUGCUGGGUAUGGCAUGCCACGACCGUUUCUU